UAUCUGGUCGCUUCAUUUCCUGCUCGCCCGCGGCCCACACUGGCCCCUUCCCUAAAGUCCGACUACCGUCACACACGCUCCGAGGAAACCUGCUGCUGAGACUAUAAGCAACAAGCUGAACACACAGUGUCCCUUCCGCAGUGUGGACGGUGCAUUGAUUUGGAGAGGGAUUGAUUAUCAAGUGGUUCGUCCUGUCCGCAGGAGUGCGAGUUGGUACAGUCUCCUCCACGUCAUUCCCUGGGGAAGCAGCCGACAUCUCACACCCGAUAAGAAGCAGAAGAGUGAGGCAGGAAGAUGUCGACAGCGUUUAAGGACGACCAGGGAGACUGGCUGACCGUGUGUUUGAAGUACCUGCUCUUUGUCUUCAACUUCCUGUUCUGGGUGGGCGGGGCCGCCGUGCUGGGCGUGGGCGUGUGGACGCUGGUGGAGAAGAGCGACUACCUGAGCCUGCUGGCCUCCAGCACCUUCGCGGUGUCGGCCUACAUCCUGAUCCUGGCCGGCAGCCUGGUGGUGGUGACCGGCUUCGUGGGCUGCUGCGCCGUCAUCCGGGAGCAGAAGAGCUGCCUGUCCACGUAUUUCUCCUGCCUGCUGGUGAUCUUCUUGAUAGAGCUGGUGGCUGGCGUCCUGGCCUACGUCUACUACCAAAGGCUCAGUGAUGAGCUGAAACAGCACCUGAACCAGACCAUGUCUGAGAACUACGCCCAGCCGGGGGCCGAGGCCAUCACGCUGGCCGUGGACCGGCUGCAGCAGGACUUCAAGUGCUGCGGCAGCAACAACUCGGGGGACUGGCUGCAGAGCGUGUACAUCGAGUCGACAGAGUCGCAGGACCGGCUGGUUCCAGACAGCUGCUGCAAGACCAUCACCCCCCUCUGUGGCCUCCGAGACCACCCCUCCAACAUCUACAAGGUGGAGGGCGGAUGCAUCACCAAGCUGGAGCAGUUCCUGGCGGACCACCUGCUGGUCAUCGGGGCCGUGGGAAUAGGCGUGGCAUGUCUGCAGAUCUGUGGGAUGGUGUUUACCUGCUGCUUGUAUCGGAGGAUCAAGAUAGACCCUUACUGAUCCCCCCCCCCCCCCCCCCCCGGGGGCGGGGCCUGUACGAAGUCCAGGGGGCGGGACCUGUACUGAGACCCGGGGGCGGGACCUGUGAGUUUCACUGCGGUGAUUGGCCGAUCACAGAAGGAAACCCAAAAACCAAAAAUGACUUUUCAAACUUGCGCUCUUAGUCCCGCCGACACGAGCGCGCCGUCGUAGUCGAAUUAGAAAUCGCCGUUGACCAAUGUGCCUGAUGUUCAAUGUCCAGUCCAUGAGUCAUUAAUUGCAGGAAAUGUUAUUUUUUGUCAAGCACAUGGGUAGCUAUGCUUGGUAGCAUGCCUAGAAGGAUAGAAGGAUGAAUGUGUCCCUUGAAGUGUGUGCGCUACGACUACUGUUGAUUUUGCAAUGUGCCUUAUUCGCCUAGCGGCCAUCUUGGCUCCAGCUUAUUGCUAAACGCUUUGAAGGAAGAUGGAGCCAAGAUGGCGGCUCGUUGAAUAAGGCCCGCAACGUAUACUGUGGACAUGAAGGUCAAUGCAAAGCUAUCUAACACAAACGUAAAGUAUCUAACAUUCGAUACAUGUUAAACAAGAACACUUUGUUUCUGCUAGUGAAGUAAGACAGCUGUCCCGCGUAUAAUCACAUUGUGCCUGUGUUAAAACCAUCACUUUUGAUAAUGCCUUAAAUCACUAGCAAUCAAACGGUGCGGAAAUUACAUGGUUUUACUUAUAUUUGUAUAUCCACUAUAUUUAAUAGUAUGUUGAAUUGAUGCUCUAGUGGUAUAUUUAGUUGUGAUUUAUUUUUAAAGUAGACCUAUCUUAUUGGCCAGUUUAUUUACCAUUUCCCAGCUAUGGCUGACCUGCUGGUUUAUAUGGCAGAUUUAAAGCUUCAGCUAUUUCUUGUUUUGCCGUUAUUGUAUUUACCUGUUGAACAUUCCACAAUCAAUGUUUUUUUUUUUGUGUAACAUUGCCAAAUAUAUAUAUGCGUCUUUACGUCUUUACCGUUUGCCCCGUUUGAUAUUGGCGCAAGCGCUCCCCCUGUUGGAGAGUUUGGGUUGGGCAGCCACUGUGCCGUGCCAUUCCGCCACCACCAUAAAUAUGUCCCUACAUCCGCCAUACAUUAAUACAUUCCUGUUGUAUUACAAUUAAAAGCUUUUGCCAUUAAUUACUAUUGAAAGAUCAAACCGCUUAGAUACAAUGGCAAGUAAAAAUAAAUAUGCUGAUUCUUUUUUAUAAAAAUUUAGAAUAUCAUCAAAAACUCCCAUAUUGUGCAUUCCUGUCAUGUUAAUUCUUGUGGAAAGGGCUACGUGAAGAUUAAUUCGGUUCUUAUUGGUAUACAGCAGGCAUCCAAUAACAUUAUUUCCUUGUCAGUCUGUAGCUCUGAACCUAAACAUUUGUCUCACCUGAGCCUUGAUGCCAAUUGGGUACAAAAUGAUUAGGACACAGACUAUUUAAACAAAUGGUUAUUUAAUAAACUGGCUUUCUCAUAGCAGUUGUGAAAUCUGUUUCACUUAUUAUUUCAUCGUAAUGAGCUUCUUGUCGUAGUCUGCUGCAUAGCACCUGAAAGAAAGACACUGGGGGUUUUGUAUUAGCAUGUGCUGUUACUGACUGUCUAAGAAAUAUUUUGGAUAUCGUAAAAAAUAAACAAACAUUUGUUCA